GGCGGCGGCUCCGGGCCGAGCCAGACCCGGGACGAGGAGGGGCUGAGCCGCGGGGGAUCCUGGAAUCGGCGGGGAGGUGGGGAUUCUGGGAGGAAAACUCCAUUUCCUCCUUCCCCGUCGGCCUCUCCCCUCCACCCCGGCACCCCAAAUUUCGAUGUGUCGCCUCCCGGGCGUAGAGGGCCAGUGCUGAGGAGGCGGCGGCCGCCGCCGCGCGGCCAGGAACAUGCUGGGCAUGUACGUGCCGGACAGGUUCUCCCUGAAGUCGUCCCGCGUGCAGGACGGGAUGGGGCUCUACACGGCCCGCAGAGUGAGAAAGGGUGAAAAGUUUGGGCCAUUUGCUGGAGAGAAGAGAAUGCCUGAAGAUUUGGAUGAAAAUAUGGAUUACAGGCUGAUGUGGGAGGUUCGCGGGAGUAAGGGAGAGGUUCUAUACAUUUUGGAUGCUACUAACCCACGACACUCCAACUGGCUUCGCUUCGUUCAUGAGGCACCGUCUCAAGAGCAGAAGAACUUGGCUGCCAUUCAAGAAGGGGAAAAUAUUUUCUAUUUGGCAGUUGAAGAUAUAGAAACAGAUACAGAACUUCUGAUUGGCUACCUGGACAGUGACAUGGAAGCGGAUGAGGAAGAACAGCAAAUGAUGACCGUGAUUAAAGAAGGGGAGGUUGAAAAUUCUAAAGGACCAUCAACAGCUGGCAGAAAAGAUCUCCUUGACUGUAAAGACGACUGUGCCUGUCCCCAUUGUGAAUCAAGCUUUGCCAGUGAGGAAAUUCUCGCUGAGCAUCUUCAGACAUUGCACCAGAAGCCCACAGAGGAAAAAGAGUAUAAGUGCAAAAGCUGUGGGAAGAAGUUCCCAGUUAAGCAGGCUUUGCAAAGACAUGUUCUUCAUUGCACAGCGAAAAGCAGUCUGAAGGAUUCUUCGCGAAGUUUUCAGUGUUCAGUUUGCAAUUCUUCCUUCAGUUCAGCAUCGAGUUUUGAGCAGCACCAGGAGACGUGCCGGGGAGAUGCCAGGUUUGUGUGCAAGGCUGACAGCUGUGGGAAAAGGCUGAAGAGCAAAGAUGCCCUGAAAAGGCACCAGGAAAACGUCCACACUGGAGAUCCAAAGAAAAAGCUCAUAUGUUCAGUGUGCAAUAAAAAGUGUUCUUCAGCAUCAAGCCUACAGGAACAUAGAAAGACUCAUGAGAUAUUUGAUUGUCAAGAAUGUAGGAAGAAAUUUAUUUCAGCUAAUCAGCUAAAACGUCAUAUGAUCACUCACUCAGAAAAACGACCCUAUAAUUGCGAGAUUUGUAAUAAAUCUUUCAAGAGGCUUGAUCAAGUGGGUGCCCACAAAGUAAUACACAGUGAAGAUAAACCUUACAAAUGCAAGCUUUGUGGAAAGGGAUUUGCCCACAGAAAUGUUUACAAGAAUCAUAAGAAGACUCACUCUGAGGAGAGACCGUUCCAAUGUGAAGAAUGUAAAGCUUUGUUCCGGACUCCAUUUUCCUUGCAGAGACACCUGCUAAUACACAACAGCGAGAGAACUUUCAAGUGUCCUCAUUGUGAUGCCACCUUUAAAAGGAAGGAUACAUUAAAUGUGCACGUCCAGGUCGUCCAUGAGAGGCAUAAGAAAUACAGAUGCGAGCUGUGCAAUAAGGCAUUUGUUACACCUUCAGUGCUUAGAAGUCAUAAGAAAACACAUACAGGAGAAAAGGAAAAAGUCUGCCCGUAUUGUGGCCAGAAAUUUGCCAGCAGCGGGACGCUGAGAGUUCAUAUCCGGAGUCACACAGGUGAGCGUCCCUAUCAAUGCCCUUACUGUGAAAAAGGAUUUAGUAAAAAUGACGGACUGAAGAUGCAUAUUCGUACUCACACCAGGGAGAAGCCAUACAAGUGCUCAGAGUGCAGCAAAGCCUUCAGCCAGAAGCGAGGCCUGGAUGAACACAAGAGGACGCACACUGGAGAAAAGCCUUUCCAGUGCGAUGUUUGUGACUUGGCUUUUAGCCUCAAGAAAAUGCUGAUCCGACACAAGAUGACUCAUAAUCCCAAUCGUCCACUGGCAGAAUGCCAAUUUUGCCAUAAGAAGUUUACAAGGAAUGACUACCUCAAAGUGCACAUGGACAAUAUCCAUGGGGUAGCUGACAGCUAAUGGUAGCCGUAAAGGAAUUAAACCAUUCAGAAGGGCUCCUAAUAUGAAUCCCAGAUUUUCCUCACCUGAUCAACAUAACAGAGGUAGCCAAGAAUAACUUACUGGUCUCACAGUUCUUAUUUGCCUACUUUUAGGGUCUGUAUUUGUAAAAACAAAACAAAAAUCUUACUUUACCAAGAAAUGGUAUCUAUGAGGGGGAAAUUAACCCCUCUAUAACCUUGAAAAAUACUACUUAUACCCUGUCUUUUAAUAAUGGAGAAAGGGAGUCAUAGCUCUCCUGCUUGAACAUCUCUCUUUAAUGAUGUUUAUUAACACACUUCCACACUAGGCCUUUUUAUUUUACUGUUAUCCUUUGUGAGCAUGUGUCUGUGUGUUUCUGUGUGAGUGUGCACUUCUGAAUACUGGUAAAUGCAUCUGGUUCUUAAUUCAAGCAGAAAGAAAUCAAGACCUCCAACUAUUCCUUUGCACUAAGCAAAAAAGCAGGAGUUUUCAAAAUCUCAAGCACAAUAACAAGAUAAAUACUUGCUAUUUUAUAAAACAGGGUGAGAGUUUACUUUAUUUAAUAGCUUCAUACAACAAAUGGGUUUAAAAUGAGAUAUUUGAGAACUGAAACAUCUAUUAAAAGAUGCCUCAUUUUAGAGAAUGCUCAGGAAACAUUCUGUCUCCUCCUCCUCAAUUGCAGACAUUAAUGGUCUGGAAUACUUUUAUGAGCUCCACAUAAAAAUGACCAAAACAUUUAACUGUUCAUCAUGCUGGCCCUCCUGAGUUUGUGCUGGUUACCUGUCAAAGUUAACAAUAUGUAAAUAUAUAAAUAAAAACAAAAAUAGAACAGGGUCUCCGUCUUUGGUGAAUGACAGAGUGAUAGAACAACAGUGUGGCAUUUGCACAUUGGUGAUGAUGAACAUGGCCCUUUACCCUCUCAUUCCAUAAAAGUGCAUACAACGUGUUAGUGCACAUAUAAUGGGGUCCUCAGAGCAUUAACAUUACGUUUUGCAAAAGACAUUUUCCAGAAUCUUGGCAAUAGGUGAUUCUGAAACACUUUUGAAUUACCCUCAAUCAUCCCAUAUAAUUAGGAAUCCGGAAUAAAAAUACAAACCUGGCAAUUGUUAUGAUUGAAAUAGUCACUGAUGCUUAAAGGAAAAUUGAAGCAAGAAACAUAAUUUCUUCCUUUAGGUUUUAUUUCAGUAAAAUAGUUGACAGCAGCAUACAAUGAACAGCUUGUUUGGGGAGAUGAUAUGAUACAGUGUAAUAGUUAUGUCAAAAUAACCUAGAGGAAUCCAAAAGCCAGGAAAAAAUUAAAAUGAAGCCCAAAUUAUGAGCCUCUCUAAUUGGAACUCACUCAAAAGAGAAGCAGUAUAAUUGUAAGGAAGUUACUUGAUUCUAAUGAGUUAAGAAGAAAUGUUCUCUGAAAACAGUUCUUUGACCUCAAGACUCUCAUUUUAAAACAUAUUCAUGCUCAGUUUCACUUUUAAAAAGAAACAAAAAAUCACUAUUGGUAUUUAAGCUCUAAGUUGCAAACUCAUCAGAUAUAACUUUUAAAAUUAUAAAUCCUAGAAUUAUAAUUUAG